AUGUGUGUGACCACCGGGGGGUCAAAACAUACAAUCAUUAUCACCACAAAAAUCAAUGCUCGUUGCAUUCACAGUUUGUUUCGGCUAAGUUUAGUCGAACCACCUAAGAUUAGCCUCGGUGGCUGUUUCCAUCGCUCAACAGCUGUUCUCAACAGCGAAUUCGAAGUCUAUGAUAGUAACUCAGCUUUAUCCAAACGCCUCAAAAUCAAAUCUGCAGAAACCAUUCCAAAAGCGUAUAUAAGUGCCUCUACAAGAUGCCCAGCUGGAUUUGAUUUUUUUUUUCUGAUUUUCUCUCUCUCUCUCUCUCUCUCUCUCUCUCUCUCACCAAACCAAUUCAUCUCUCUCUCUCUCUCUCUCUCUCUCUCUCUCUCUCUCUCUCUCUCUCUCUCUCUCUCUCUCUCUCUCUCUCUCUCUCUCUCUCUCUCUCUCUCUCUCUCUCUCUCUCUCUCUCUCUCUCUCACACAAC